CCUCGCAACCAACCAUAUGUGAUCAGCGACGUACAGUACAGAUCGUUCGCAAUAAAGUUAGACUUCUCGUCUCUCUUUGUGCUUGUGCUUAGUUGUCCGUGCUAGAAGACGGCAAUGGCGUCGACGGAUCCCAUGACCCGCCGCUUCGCCGUCGCGUGCGGCGUGCUCAGCCAGUACGUCAAGGCCAACUCCUCGCAGCCGUCGACGGCGGCGCCGGUGGCUCAAGGUGUGAGUGGCCUCAUGGCCGCCGCCGCCGCCGCCGCCGCGGCGCCUGUGGUCCAGGAACCCGGAUGCGAGGUGGACGGCGGGGGGCAGCAGUUCACGAUCUUCUACGCCGGGAAGGUGGUGGUGAUCGACCGCUGCACGCCGGCCAUGGCGGCCGAGCUGAUGCGGUUCGCGUCGGCGGCGCAGGGCGGCGGCGGCGCGCCAGAGGCGCCGCCCGCGCUGGUGGACAUGCCGAUCGCGAGGAAGGCGUCGCUGAAGCGGUUCCUGGCGAAGCGCAAGGCCACCCCCGCCUCCGCGCGGUCGUCGUACGUCGUCCGUGCUGCGGCGGCGGAGGAGGAGCAGCCGCCGGCGAAGAAAGCGAAGGCGGCCGUGGAGAGGCGCGAGGAUUGGCUCGCGCUGGGAAGCCUUGGACACAUGCACUCGCGCUGAUGAUCAUCGCCACGACGUCACGUCUGCGAUUUGAGAAUUGAGAGCUCGAUCGAUUGAUCGCCAUGUGGUCACCCGGUAGCCGAUGCUGCAAGGCCGGUCGAGUUGGAAGAUGGUUCUCGUCGCAUUAACGGCCUUGAGUUGAUUUCGCCGAGCCUGACCUUGAGUUGAUUACCAUGGAAGUAUGAAGAUUUCGUGAUUAGCAGUUACCCUAGUUAUCGCGGCGUAUAAUUAAGCACGGUCACUGAAGCGCAAUGGCCUUGAGUCGGUAGAUCAGGACUAGAGAGGGGUGUAUGGAUCUGACAAGUACUGUAGUAUAUUGUAUCCCGUUUGAAUUUUUUUUCGAUUCCUAUGGGGACUGAAUUGAUUAAUGAUAUAAAAUUCCUUCGACUGUUCUGAAA